AGGAUAGCUUACCGUGCUCCGAAAUGAUCGUUUCUAGUAGCCAGCUUCAAGCUUAUCCCCCGCAGACCAGUCAAGGACAGCCUUGGCUCCUUAUUGAGGUCAUUUAGUAUGACGGACAGUCGAGAAGGCCCUGGAAUGAAUUUGGGUUUCCGAGGCAUUUUAAAUGGAACAGAAGAGGUGAAAUGUACGUAGUUUGCGCAAAUUGAGCUGUAGGUUGUUUGAUCUUGUUGAAUUCGAAAGCCUCUCCCCUUUCUUGGUGGCCUGCCUUCUCACUCUAAUCGCGGAACUACAUACUAAUCAUCCAAUAUGGCUGAAGAGGAUACACUGGUAUCGCGUCGGUCGAGGAGAAGCACGGCGGGGAACAGGAUGGAGGCGGCCCUGGCUGAGCUCGCUGUCGAGGAAGUUAACGAGGCUGAGGAAGAUGUUGACUUUGUCAACGACAAAGGUGAAUGUGAUGCGCUAAAUACUGACGGAAUAUGUCUUAUGCUGUAUCUAGAUGAGGAAGAUAUCUUUGAAUCAGAUUUCGCGAGCACGGACGACGAGGCAACUACUGAAGGUUUUGAUACUGGUGAAAAGGCUGUCGAGGAUGAGGAAAGGAGAGAGAGAAGGAGUGCGCGCGUAAGGGUGGAGAAAGCUACCGCCGCUGCUCAUGCUCGCCAGAGGGUCACCUUUCACCCCCAAGCAGAGGCUUCAGGGAAGAAACCUAAAAAAGAGUCUCAGAAGCUCAAAAGACGUGUAUCUCUUGGUGUCGCAGUUAACGCAGAGACAGGAGAAGUGAUUGAAGGUGGUACAAGGCAACGGCAGAGUCAGAGAUCACAUACAAUCAUGAAUACCUCGGCGACCGUGAAUAGAAUGAAGGAUGCAGAAGAGAAGCGUGCCACCAUUCCGAAGAAGGCAAGAGUUGUCACUAAAGCUCCAGCACAAGACGAACUUAUCGCGCGUGCCCUCGACACGGAGGAGGGAAAUAUUAUUGAGCACCGAGAUUAUCUCAAACUGGAAGAAGAGAAGCGUGCGCGUGCUCGUGUAGUUCGAACUGCCCUUGAAGGUCCGGUGUUGCGAUGGAUUAGCCGAAAAGAACAAGUCAAAGUUGAAGUCACACCUCUGGCGCCUGCCCCAUAUCCAUCACAGUACGGCUUCGUCUACAAUCCGCAUCAAGGAACUUCCUAUUCCGGGACACAAACUUACCAGUCUCCCUUUCGUGCAUACGUUCCAGCACCACCAAGCCAAACGCCGGCAGUUUCGUCCACACCAUCACAAGGCUUGGCUGCCACAGCACAACCGCAGUCAUCAACACCAUCUGCAAACACGCCAUCUCAAUCAUCGUAUUAUUAUUAUCCCAUGCAACCCCCACCAAUUCCGCCUCCCACGCAAGAAAGAGUUGACGACGUUUGCAAGAACUAUGUUGUGCAUGAGCUAUCGCAAGAUCCAUCAGCAGCUAAACCGCCAUGGAAAGAUACCAUGUCAGCUAUGUUUGGCGAUGAUGUCAAAUGGGACGAAGUUCGUGUGUUCACGGGGAAGCAGCGCCCGUUGAGUCGACCUGUUCGAACCUGUCCAAUCACUGGGACACCGGCGAAGUAUCUAGACCCACGAACGAAUGUGCCCUUUGCGAACGUUGCCGCAUUCAAAUUUCUGACCAAAAUUUUGUCCCACGACUAUGUUUGGAGUGAGGCAUUGGGGUGCUAUGUUACUCGCCAUGAAGAGCUUAACUGUCAUGUCGAUGAGCCUAUGAACGGCACCGCGACAAAGCGCAGAAGAGUGGAUGAUCAAGAUGCGCAAACCAACGAUGGUUAACUAUCUAUAUCGCUGCACUGCACUCGAUACGACUUUCCCUCCGAUGAGAAUAAGGCUUAUUACUGGCACUCGUCUACUAUCUCAAUGAUCACGUAUCGGGACUUUAUCCGUGGUACCCUGUUAGUUGGAGCGAUAUGACAUCCCCGUGAU